GGUGACGAUUUAUUAAGUUGCGCCGCACCGGUGAAAUGAGACGGUAUUUAAACCAAAGUUUCAAGUCGUCCGGAUAGACACGCGUCGUCAGUCACUUGCAACCAGGUUGAAUAGACAGCACAAUGGCGCGCUUCUGUAUUUUCGCGCUGUUCCUCGUCGUCAUCUUUCAAUUCGGUAACUGCGACAUCGAUUGUGACAAUAUCACGGUCAAGCCCGGUUCUAAUGAAACCACCCUUUCGCAUUUUGAAAAAUGGGCGAAGAAGUUAAAGCUAUCUGUUGACAAAGUGGAAGACGGCAUUAAAAAAAAAAUCAUCGGGGAUAAAUCCAAAUCACCUGAAAAUUCCAUCGCUGUAUUCCUCGAACCCGAGGACUUUGAAACUUUUCGCGCAAUCUUCCCAGGAACACUUUGGUGCGGCGAUGGGGAUAUCGCGAAACAAGAGUCGGACCUCGGUUACUUCAACAAAACGGACGCUUGUUGCAGAGCGCACGACAACUGCAACGACGAUUUGUUGGCCGGCCAGACUAAAGGCAAUCUCGAGAACAACGGCAUUUUCACGAGAUCCGCUUGCAACUGCGACGAUGAGUUCUACAGAUGCUUGAAGAACGCUGAUACCUUAAUUUCCAAUAGUAUCGGAAAGACGUACUUCAAUAUAUUGAAACCGCAGUGCUACACUUGUCAAUGCCCGACGGUCGAUUGCAAAGUUACUGAUCGCCUACAAUGCGAAAAACAAUGCAAGCUAUACAAAUGGCAAAACAGUCCCAAGUAUUAAGUUGGUCACGGCGUUCGGACACUCGUAACGAAACGAGGAUACUGUUUUGUAUCCUACCUACCGAUAAUAAAAACUCACACAAUCCGUGUAAAUAACAGCAUACUCGCGUGCUUUUGUAAAACUUUGUUGUUUCGAAGAUAAACGUACAAGAUUGCGUUAUCGUAAAAAACUUGAUCUUAUAUAAAAAUUGUGAUGUGCGAUAAGAAAUUUUGAAGAAAAUGAAUCGAUAAUUCGGAGAGAGCUAAAUUAUCUCGCGCGUUCGAAGGUUAAUUUAUAUCGUGUAAUUUAAUAUCGUGUACAUAUUGUGCAUAAGAUUUAGCAAUUUGUAAAACAUAUGUAACUUUUGUGUGUGUAUGCGUUGCAUAAUGCAAAUUCACGUGAUGUGUUGUGUAAAUAAAAUGAAACUUAACAAAGCAGUAAA